AUGUGGCAGAAGAACGCGUACCUGAAGAAGACGCGGCAGGGGAACGUCGUGAAGGUGGUCAGGGAGCACUACUUGCGCGAUGACAUAUCGAGUGGCACACCUCUCGACCCACAGUGCAGCCCUUCCGAUGCAAAACUGAGUGCAGAUGCUAGGCACUAUCUGGUGGUGGACACAAAUGUUGUGCUGAAGGCUACCGACUUUCUUGAGCACAGUUCCAUUGAUGACGUCAUUGUGCCAUCGAUCGUCCUACAAGAGGCAAAGUCAAGGAACUUGAGUGCAUACCACAGAAUCCGUGCACUGGCUGCAGAUCCACAGCGUCGAUUCUACGUGUUUGCAAAUGAAAAUCACAGGGACACUUAUGUGAAGCAGAAGGAUGGAGAGCUAAUCAACGACAGAAAUGAUCGAGCCAUAAGGGCGGUGGUGUCAUGGUACAAACAGCUGCUCGGUGACAAGAUGCAGGUAAUCUUGCUGAGUGGCGAUCGAGAGAACCGGCGACUGGCAAGGGAGGAGUGUGGUGCAGAGGCCUGCAGUGUGCAGGAGUAUGCGAGAAUGCGGACGGAUGACAAGGAGCUCUUGGAUCUGGCAGCACAUUGGGGACAGCAAGAAUUUGACGAGGAUGAUGAGUCUGAGGGAAAGAGCAAGAAGCGUAGGCGAAUUUAUGAGGACCACAGGCCAUUGUCAUCUUUGACUCAAGGCAUCAAGAAUGGUACACUGCAUCAGGGUGUCCUGAACGUGAGCCGCUACUGCUGGCAUGAGGGCUUUGUGCCAUCCAGCAUUGGCCAAGAAAUUCGCAUUGAAGGUGUCAGCAGGAUGAACCGUGCAAUGGCAGGUGACGUAGUUGUGGUGGAGAUAGUUCCUGACAAUGUUGCUAGCCGGAGUGGCAGCCGUCCAGGUGCUGCUGAUGGUCCAGAUGCUGAUGAGGAAGAUGAUGGUUACGAUGUGGGGGACGAAACUACAGGCUUGGAGGCCUCUGCAGUCCAUGGGGUUGACGAUGCGAUCUGCCUGCAAGGGCCUCAAGAUGACGAUUCAUCAACAAAGCCGCCGUCUGGCCAGGUGGUAGGCAUCAUAAAACGCGCUUGGCGAACUCGGGGCUACUGUGGGACGAUCAUGCCGCCGCGCGACGGCAAGGACUUCGUGCCUGGGCGCGCCAGGUGGGUCAGAUUUCGUCCAAAGGACCGCCGAUUCCCGCACAUGAUGAUGCGCACUGCGCAGGCCGACCAGCUGCUUGGCAAGAACAUUGUUGCAGUGGUUGAAGAGUGGCAGUCGCACAGGCGACUGCCCGACUGCCGGUAUGUGAGGACGAUCGGGACCGUGGGAGACACAGAGGCUGAGACGGAUGUGCUCCUGAUGGAGAAUGAUAUUGCCACAUCGCCCUUCACGCCUGAGGUCCUGGCCUGCCUGCCUCCCUUGCCAUGGGACGUGGGGCCUGCGGAUGUUGCCGAUCCCCACCGCAGGGACUUGCGCCACCUUUGUGUCUGCAGCGUGGACCCCCCUGGUUGUAAAGACAUCGACGAUGCACUACAUGUUCGUCUCCUCCCAAACGGCAACUAUGAGCUGGGGGUGCACAUCGCAGAUGUCACGCAUUUUGUGAAGCCAGAGACUGCGCUGGAUACAGAGGCCGCACAAAGGGGCACCACCGUGUACCUGGUUCAAAGGAGGAUUGACAUGCUGCCAAAGGCGCUUACUGAGGACAUAUGCAGCUUGCGUGGCAACGUGGACAGGCUGGCGUUCAGCGUGCUUUGGGAGGCGACGCUUGAAGGGGAUGUGCUCCACGACAAGACCACAUUUACAAAGAGCAUUAUCAGGAGCCGGGCUGCACUGACUUAUGAAGAGGCACAAACGCGGAUCGAUGACGAUCGCCUGACGGACGACGUUUCCAUGAGCCUCAAGGCUCUGGCUCGAUUUGGACAAAUAUUGCGCAAGAGGCGGAUGGAGAAGGGCGCCCUGGAGCUGGCAAGUCCCGAGGUGAAGCUGUCAAUCGACACUGAGAGUCUGAACCCGACGGACAUCGGGCUGUCUCAGGUCCGGCUGGCCAACAAGAUGGUGGAGGAGAUGAUGCUCCUCGCGAACAGCACCGUGGCGGAAAAGAUCCUGAGUCGCUUUCCCUCCAGCGCCUGCCUGAGGCGUCACCCUGCGGCCCCCAGAUCCAAGUACGAGCCCCUGCUGAAGGCCCUUGAGCCCCACGGCGUCAGCCUUGACGUGACAUCAAACAAGCGCCUUGCCGAGACGCUGGACGGGGCUGUGCUGCCAGGCGAUCCGUUUUUCAACACUAUCGUUCGAAUGAUGGCCACACGGUGCAUGAACGAGGCUCAGUAUUUCGGGGCCGCUCAGUACUCGCGGUCUGAAUAUUACCACUUCGGCCUGGCGAUGGACCUGUACACCCACUUCACGUCGCCCAUCCGGCGCUAUGCCGACUGCCUCGUGCACCGCUUCCUGGCGGCCUCCAUGGACCAGGAGGUGCUGCCCGCCUCCGCCCACGAUGUGGACACCGUCAAGGGCGUUACCGACAACCUGAACGUCCGUCACCGUAACGCCCAAUUUGCGGGCAGGGCCUCCGUGACCCUCUUCACGUUGAUCUACUUCAAGCAAAAAGGCACAGUCACAGAGGCGGCGAGGGUGGUUGGGCUGCGCAAGAAGAGCGUCAUCGUCUUCGUCCCAAAGUACGGCAUAGAGGGAAUGGUGGGGCGCAUCCUGAGCGGUGGCGAAGAGGCCGCCAAGUGGGACUACGUCAUGAACAAGUCGGGCAACGGGGUCGUCUCACAGAGCGGCAAGCGUUCGCUCAAGGUGUUCGACAGCGUAACUGUUCGGAUAGAGGUCAAAACCACGCAAGGAUAUGAGGAGGAGGUGAUCAUGUCCCUGGUUGAUGAGGAUGCGGCGCAGAGCGCCGACGCCGACAUGGACACCGCAGACGCAAUGGACGAAACCUGA